AAUUGUUUAGUUUUUUCUGUUUUGAGCAACAGCAAAAUAUGAACAAAUUACCCUUAGUCUUGAUUAAGCAUUUCUUUUAAUAUGGAUUAAUUGCUCUCUAAUAAAAGAUUUUCCUUGUAUUUAAAAUCGGAUUAAUCUAAUACUUUCCAAAAUGUUUAUUCAACUUCUUUAUAUACUUGGAUCAUUCUACUAUACAACAGGUAAACAGAGUAACGAAAAAAGUUAGCUAAUAUUAAGGCUACGACUUUUAUCUUCUUUUAUAUAUUAAAUUUUAUAAUCUUCUUUAUAUAACGAUCAUCUGAUAUAUUGACUUUUUAAAAGCCUUAUGGUCAGAAUGGAACGCUUGGAGUUCAUGUAGUUCUAGCUGCGGCGGAGGAAUUUUAUUAAGAAAUAGAACGUGCCUUUCUGAACCUUGUACGGGUAAUGAUAUCGAUAAUGAACCCUGCUCAUUUAAUCCUUGUAGAGAAAAAGGAUCUUGGAAUAACUGGAAUCCUUGGUCUCCUUGUUCGGCAACUUGUGGAGGUGGAAGUCAAUCAAGAAUUCGAAGUUGUAAUGUACCGACAAAUGGAGAUUAUUGCGUGGGUAGUGAAAAAGACAUGCAAAGUUGUUCAACACAAAAUUGCCCAAUGGUCAUCUUGGUCUGAAUUUGGGGAUUGUUCCACAACCUGUGGCGGUGGAACAAGAACAAGAAAACGAUUUUGUAACAAUCCAGCCCCAGUUGAUGGGUUGGAUUGUCCUGGUAUUGGUACAGAUUUUGUUGCUUGUGCUACUAAUAAUUGUCCUGCCAGUGACGUAGUUAAUGGUCAGUGGGGACCGUGGAGUCUCACAACAACAUGUUCAAAGACAUGCGGAUCAGGGAUCAGAACUCGAAAACGAUCGUGUACUAAUCCAGCACCAGCAAAUGGUGGUAGCUCAUGCAAAGGGGAUCCUAUUGAAGAAAAUUUGUGUGAAAUAGCAAAAUGUCCUGUAGAUGGAUCAUGGAGUCUGUGGAGUAUAUGGAGUAGCUGCAGUUCUAGCUGUGAAGGAGGAAAUCAAAUUCGUCAGAGGUUUUGUAAUAACCCUGCAACAGCCUACGGAGGCACUCCUUGUAAUGUCUCCACAACAGUUGAAAGUGAAACGCAGCUUUGUAAUAAUCAUACGUGUCCCAAUGUAGAUGGAUUAUGGGGAGAGUGGAAAGUUUUAACAGUUUGCUCUAGAACUUGUAACGGGGGUCAAAGAGUCAGAUUUAGGAAAUGUAAUAAUCCAGCUCCGCUGAAUAGCGGUCGAAUCUGUCCAUUUGGAGAUGCCAAUCAACUUUCAACUCAAACAAGAUACGUUGGUUGUAAUUUAUAUCCAUGUCCAAAACAUGGUGGAUGGUCACUGUGGUCCACGUGGACUUCCUGUACUGCUACGUGCGGAUCUGGAACGCAAUUUAGGCAAAGAUCUUGUAAUAAUCCUACACCGUACUUUGGCGGACUUUAUUGCAAAGGUGAUCAUAAUGAAACAACGCCCUGUCAAACUGCUACAGAAUGUUCAACUGAUGGUGGAUGGUCAACUUGGGAAGCUUGGUCAAUGUGUAGUAAAACAUGUGGAUUAGGUGUAACAACUAGAAUAAGAAAAUGUGAUAACCCAACACCUCAAGGUCUUGGAGCUCAAUGUUCGGGCAAUAGUACAGAGUCAGAUGAUUGUACUGUGAUUAAGUGUCCAGCUACGGAUGGUAAAUGGGGUCUAUGGUCUGCUUGGAGCAAUUGUGAUAAAACUUGCGGUGAACAUGGCCUCAAAGUAAGAAUUAGAUCUUGUAAUAAUCCGAGUCCGUCUGCUGGGGGCAAGUAUUGUUCGGGCAAAGGCACGACUGUAAGAAAUUGUACCUUUGUACCUUGCCCAAAGACUAAUUCAGACGGAAAAUGGGCUGACUGGUCAAUUUGGUCAUGGUGCUCAAAAUCUUGUGGAGGUGGUCAGAUUACAAGAUCAAGGACUUGUACAGACCCAGUACCUUCGGGUAAAGGAAAAGCAUGUGAUUAUAGCAAGUCAUUUAAUGGAAACCUUGUUCCAGUUGAUAGGCAGACUGAAAUUAAAGAGUGUGCUAAACAAAAGUGUCCUGUUGAUGGACAGUGGUCUGAAUGGGCUGUCUGGUCUCGAUGUAGCGUAUUAUGCGGUGCUGGUGAGAAAACACGGAGACGGGCAUGCGAUAACCCGAAACCUAUAAAUGGUGGGAGAAGUUGUAAAGGAGCUGGUGACUACUCUGAUGCAGAGAUACAAACGGUCUCUUGUCAAGGUUCCUGUCCUAACAAUGAAAAAACUACAACAAAACUCCCUCCUGGGAAAACAAAUCCACCGUUUUGUAAAAGAGAAGAGGCGUACGAUAAUAAAUUUUGGCCACAAACUGAUGUUGGCAAUGUAGCUGAAUUACCUUGUCCUUCUCCUUUAAUUGGAGCUGUAAGUCGACAAUGCAUUGGGCCUAAUAACUGGAAAGAUUUUGAUCAAUCGAAUUGUCAAGAUCAAUCAUUCAAUAACGUCUUACAUAAUGCUUACUACGUCUCUGGAAAUGAUAGUUUGAGAUUAACAGUAAUGAAAGGAUUUACUGAUUUGUGCAUUCCAGUGAAUAUAAAGCAAUCUGGAGAUAUAAUAGCUUGCAAGCAAAUAUUUCAAACUCUAUUGUCUAUAAAUUUCUUAACUGAUUCAGCUGAAACGGCAUUGGAAAAGCAGAAUUACAUUGAUUCAUUAUUAACUGGAUUGAGUGGAAUAUUUCACAAGAAUAAUAAAAAACAAUGGGAUGAUCUAAUUCAAAAUGAGAAAUAUGAUAAGUCCAAUGUUUUACUAGAAUUAACAAUACUCGCUGAAGAAUUUGGAGAACAAUUACAGAAAUAUUUAAUUGAAAAAUCACAAACUACUUGUCUUAAAAAAGAUUCACUUGAAAUGUGUAUUGAGUUAUUGCCUUGUGCUGAUUCUUGGAGAAGUCCGGAAAAACCUCCAACACCAACUCCACCGGCAAAGCAUAUAAGGGGUGGUUAUAAGUUACCCUUACCUGAAAGAAUUACUCACAUAUCACUAGGAAAAACAUUUCUAAAUGAUUACACAUGUUCGAAAAGCAAUAUUAGUGCUCCUGAAAGAUUAUACGGAAUAACAAUUGCUUAUAAAUGGCUUCAUCUUUUUAUGCCAAACGAAAAACACGAAGUUGUAUCUGCUGAUUUAAAAGAUUAUAUUACUACUCAGAAACCAACUGACCCUCCUAUUCAAAACACGAGAGUAGUUAAUUCAGAAAUGAUAAGCUUCAAGAUUGUUUCCGCCUUAUCAAACACUCACGUUUUCACUAAAAAGAUCCAAAUUCAACAUUUCUUAGAAACGAAAAGUCGAGAUCCUAUCUGUAUAUUUUUAGCGAUUAAUAGGGCGCAACAAUUGUUUGGAACUGAAGGUUGUCACAUUGUAAGUCAGGGUAAAGAAGAUGGAAGAUAUUAUGUAACAUGUCAAUGCAAUCAUACAACAACGUUUGGUGUUUUAUCUAAACCUGGAGUAGAAACAAUAUCUACUGAAAAAUCUUUCAGUUCAGAUCCUCUUAUUCUAUUCACAGUUGCAAUGGGCUUGAUAUUCAUGGUGAUUUGUGUAAUUAUGUACUUUUUAUUAGGUAUAUUUUUAUCUAAACAUUUCUACAUUUUGAAUAAUAUGGCUUUUGCUAAUGGAAUGGCUUGCGCAGCCAUUUGCUUUGGAAGCUGGACAACGGAUUAUGAGGAAGCUUGUUUAUUUAUAACAUUUAUGACGCAUUGGGGAUCUUUGGCCUCCUUUUUUUGCUGCUGGAUGGAAGCUGAACAUGUAAUUUCAACUUCUUAUUUUCUACCAAUUGGAUUAUUGAAUUUGAUUUGCUACGUUCUUCUAUUACUUACCUAUCGUAUUAUGAAGGAUGCUAAUAAUGAAAAUUCCAAUAGAGUUGCCCUACCUAUGGAUUUGGAUUUCCAAUAUAUACUGCAAUUAUUUAUGAAGACUGUCAUCUCUUUAAUACUAUCAACUGGAACGUGGUUGAUUUUCCCGUUUUUUAUUCCAGUAGCGUUUUUUGUACUUGGAAAUUUAAAUUUUCUAUACUUUAUCUUGGCUUAUACUAUCGGGGAUUUAAGAUUUCGACAAGCUACAAAACGACGAGCAAUCAAACUACACCAAUUAGCAACUAAAAAGAAACAGGAGGAGAAAAUAGCAUCAUUACCUAGCUGGUUAAAAUCUCAGAAGGAGAAGGCUCUUGAAGAAAAAAGAAAAGGAGCAGAGGAAUUAAUUAAUAAAAUAGAGUCGAAAGCGGAUAUUGAACAGAGAAGAAUAGCAAUUAUUAAAAAGAUGCAAAUGAAAAAAGAAGCUCAAGAUAAUUUUGCUAAUAAAAUAGAAAGAGAAACUAGCGACAAAGAUGAUGUUUAUGAAAACAGUGAAAUUGGAAAGGGAAAGAUAGCUACAAAACACGCUUGA